UCUAGACAGAAACAGGUUUCAUGCUGCCGCUUCCUCGCCGGAGGCAACACAUAUAGGCCGAAUUCCCGUCAAGAUUUCUGGUACAUAGCUCUGGGAGCUUUGAGAACCAGCGCGAGAUUCAGAAAAAGCUCGUUGGUUUCUGUAAAGUUUAAAGCAAAACGGGCGCCUAACAACUACCACUAGUUGGGCUUGCUCAUCGUGUGAACAAACCUAAAAGGGUCUGGCGCGGUUAGCCAGGGUCGGAGCUGAAUACUUGCUUCCGGCGUUGAGUUCGAAUGUUCUCGAACAAUCGUGACAUCUCCACACAAAAAGAGUUAUAACCCGCCCUUUUUGCGUCACAAAAUUUCUCCAAAGUGUUUCUCAACUGAAAGAACGCCCUCUCCGCAACGAAACGUCGAUCGUAGUUUUCAGAACCAAUGUCGCCACUUCACCCGGAAUUCCUUUGGGCUCAGAGGAGUAACGCAACCCUUGCAGAGAAGAACAUUAUCUAUCUUACUAUUAACCUCCCUGAUAUCCAAGAACACACUCUGAAAGUUGAACUCACUUCGACAAAAUUCAGCUUCAGCGCGCGAACUGGAAACCAAGAGAAGGGAAUCGAGGAGAAAGAUUGGGCCGCUGAGGUGGAAUUCUACGAUGAGAUCGAUCCAGAGAAUUCAAAGAAGACGUUAACUUCUCGCCACUUUGCGCUCAUCCUUGGAAAGAAGAAAGCACAAACGGAAUUCUGGCCGCGGUUGACGAAGGAGAAGGGCAAGAUUAACUUUGUGAAGACUGACUUCAGCAAAUGGGUGGAUGAGGAUGAGCAAGAAGGCGUGAUUGACGUACCUGAUGAGGACUUUGGUGACUUUGGUGGCGGUGGCGGUGGCUUAGGAGGCUUAGGAGGCCUGGGAGGAGGCCUAGGAGGAGGCUUGGGAGGCGGCAACCCUGACUUUGAUGCGAUGAUGAGAAAUAUAGGCAACUCGGGAAGCGGAGACUUCGGUAGUGGUGAGGCGGGACUUGGUGAUGAUGUCGACUCUGAUGAUGAGGUGCUGACGGCCCACCACCACUCGAGGAUGCUCCGGAAGAGACGCCUGCCGCGCAACAGCAGUAGAUCUAAGAAAUCUAAGAACACCAAUCUGAUUCCACCAGUGCCGAAUCAGAGUACUGUUCUGCAGCUAGUCUCCACUCUUCACUUACACCAAUACUAUUACCACAUGGACUUGAUCGAUUUUGAUUGCUAGACCUGCCAUGUUCAUAUUUGACCAUCAUGAAGAAGAAAAAUGGAUAUUGUGCUCGCAAGGCACGCGUGAACCGUUAAGUAAUUCCGUCCAAUAUUGCAAUUAAUGAUCGAUCAUGAGUUACUUGGUCCCUUGUAAGAGGGGCCAGAUAACUUUUAGUUGAUAUACUUUGUCGUUCUGCGAACACACUAUGUAGUCGCGAUGCCAGUAGCUUGCUCUGGCGUGCGGUAACUUGUCUGCAGACCAGGCACGCCCACUAGCUGUUGUGCAAAAUUUGACUCCGAUCACG